AUGGACAGCGAGGGCAGAAAGGUUGUCGUCUGUGACAAUGGCACAGGGGUAAGUGAAUAUGUCGACAAAACGUUGUUUUAAUUACUUGUAUUUUUUAAAAUCACUACGCCACCAAGUAAAACAUGUUUUAUAUCUAAUGUUUUUAGGAUUUAGGAAUGAAUUAUGAGAGUAUGCAUCAUUGGAAUUUAACAACCUGGAAGAAGUAAUGUGGGCUAUAUCUUAAUCAAUUGUAUUUGUGCAGGGCAGGCUCCAGCCAUAGUUGAGAGUUAGAAUAGUAGAGUACACAAGGAGUAAGUUCGAAAUUUGGUUGUGAAUCAGCAGUUUUUCUCAUGUUUUUUCAGUCACUGACAGUCACCCAAUUAGCCAUGUCAGCUAACAAUUUUUUGAUUGGCAAGUUAGUCUAGCCAGUUAUCUAAACUUGUAGUAAUCAUGGCCGAGGGGGCCUUGAACUGCAGGAAAUGUGCUAUAAAACUUUAAACAUUUCUCUCCACACCAUGGCAAAAUGGGUAGAAUAGCUGGAAAUUAGCUUUAAAAUUGCAAAAAAGUAUCUGAGUAGGAUUGCAGGAAAUUUGUUAUGAAAUUGAAAAAGAAUAUCUCUCUCCGCUCCAUGGCAAUAUCUGUAGAACUGCAGAAAACUUGCUUUAAAACUACAAAAAUGUCUCUCUGCCCCAUUGCAAAAUAAGUAGAAUUUAAUGAAAUCUGUUAUACAGUUGCAACCAAAUCUUGCUUAGGGCCCCAAAAGGCUAGAGCCGGCCCUGUAUUUGUGUUGAUAACAGCACAGUUAAGUUACUUUCUAAUAUCCUGCUACAAAAUUGCAACAUUUUAUUCCUAAAUGUGGUAACAGAGAGUCACUUAAAUAAGUAUGGUGUUGUAGAAGCCUAUGUAGAAUGCUGCUCUCCGUGCAGGUAGUAGGUAGGGUUGUGGGUCUGUUUUGAGUGCACAUCUGUCUGGACUUGUCACAGCAGACUCCUCUUAUUCACACAAACUGCCAUACAUGGUGGUGAUGUGUUGGAGUGAGCUGUUAUUGGACAGGUCCCAGGAAGGAACACAACCAAAUCAUUUCUGAGAUAAUUCUCAGUUCCUCAAGCUUCUUGCUUCUUGAGUUCAUCUGCACGAAACAAAUGGAUAUUGGAAGACCCUUUAAACUUUCUGUCCUGCAGAAGUACAAUAUAGACUCAUGAACUACAUGAGCUUACUUGCCCUGCCUCCACUUGUGGCUGGUGCUAGUGCUUGUAAUAGAGGUCUAGGCGGGACUGAUUUCUACAUCCCGCUCCAGCCCGCACCCGCAGCUUUUAAUACUGCACCCGCCCACUCACGCUGGCUUUCUGUCCGACUCCCACCCGCUGCCGCAAGAACUGGCCCCGAACCCAACCCCAGUCCCGCAAUGUUAUUUUAGGUGUGUGACGCAGCUCGUUUGACAGCUAUUGUCCCAGCAAUUUUGCGCCCUAUAGGCAAUAUACAAAUGCGCAGAAAUAAUCUAAGAAAUAGGCUAGGUUAUAUUACCAGAGAUUCUCACGUGGCCCAUUAUAUUAGGCUAUCUAUCGGUAUUAAUGGGCUAUAUCAUCCAAUAGGCUAGACGUACAGUAGUUUGAAGAGAACAGAGUUGGAGAGAGCACGGACACUUGCACUUUCUUUUGAGCUACGUUUUGUAAAUAGCAUACCUUUUUGAUUUUGAUGAUUUUCAGACAGAGACAAAUGUGGAUGAUCAAUAAGCCUUUUUAUUUCCAGGAAAUGUAGUAAACUAUAGCCUAAUCAUAUUUAGGUAGUUCAUUUCCUUGGAAAUAUAUUUAUCUGCCCCGUGCUUCUCCGCCCAUGCAUAUAGCCUUCUCUAUUUAAUUGAGACCAUAUGGCACCUGAUCUCGCACGCCCAAGAGGAGAUGUAGUCUCCUGAGUGGCGCAGUGGUCUAAGGCACUGCAUCGCAGUGCUAGCUGUGCCACUAGAGACCGGGAGACCCAUGGGGCGGCGCACAAUUGGCCCAGCGUCGUCCAGGGUAGGGGAGGGAAUGGCCGGCAGGGAUGUAGCUCAGUUGGUAGAGCAUGGCGUUUGCAACGCCAGGGUUGUGUGUUCGUUUCCCACGUGGGGCCAGUAUGAAAAAAUAUAAUAAAAAAUAAUAAUAAUAUAUGCACUCACUAACUGUAAGUCGCUCUGGAUAAGAGCGUCUGCUAAAUGACUAAAAUGUAAAUGUAAGGCUACUGAACUGCAGUAUGGUCUGCGGAGGUUGCGCCUUUUCCUUUUCAAUGAUGAUCACAUUUUUGGAUUGCACCUCGAACCAUGUUUGUUGAGCGCCCUCCCCUUCUUUCCAUUAUCAAUAUUUAUUUACAGACACUGUAGUAAACUUAAGCAUAAUAAUAUUUAAGUUCAUUUCUUUGGAAAGAUAACUGCCACGUGAUUCUCAUGCAUACAGUGUAAACCCCAAUGUGCUGUCAUAAAAAAAAAUGUUGUGUGGAGGAAACCAGUUGCACUUAAUAUAUCUGAGUACAGUUACUUAAAGUGAUUUUGUAGUCACUACUCAAACCGAUAGAGUCACUGUGACAUUGUAAGGGGUCCAGAUUUGAGUUGUAUCAGUUUAAUUUUGGGGGGUAACGUCCCCACUAAUACAUUGCUCAAAUAUACUUUCCCAGUAUGCCUUGCCUUUUCGAGUGAAUUGUAGAGUUACCACCAAUGACAGUAUUUGUUUAAUGACAUAAGCUAGGUUUCCAUCCAAUUGCCUAACGAUUUUCAUGCGAAUAUUCUAAAAUCUGCAUAAAAACAAUAUUAAAUUCCCCAUGUACCGAAUAAAAAAUAUGGGUUUCUAUGGCUUUUUCCAAAAAUGUUGCGUUAUAGCGAAUGUGCCCACUCUGGUAUUGGCACGUGCGCUCAAGCCAACAUUUUGCAUAUAGCCUACAGUGCGGGUAUAGCCUACCUACAUGAUGAGGUUAUUAUAGACAAAAGAGCGAGACAAUUUUUAUUUGUCAAACGGCAGCCAAGCAUCGAUCAUUAUGUAAACAGAGUGCAAGGCGAUGAGCUUGAUGCUCCUUAUUGGAAAUGAGCAUCAAGCUUAUCACCUUGCACUUUCACCACCCUGUGAAGAUCAUGAUAACUUAUAUCUGUAGCCUAAUAAACUGCAUGCUUUCCCUAGUCAUAGUGGGAGGACCCCACAACAUGUCAUCGUGUGAAUCCAAGUUUACUUCGAUAUGAUGGUUAUUAUAUCAAUAUUUGCGCAUAAAAGCGUUUCCACCGCAAUUUCUCGCAUAAUUAAUUUUACCGACAAAAAGAGUUCCCACCUUGUCUAGCAUAUUUUGCUUUGUCGACAUUUAAAAAGUUUACCGACAAAUUUGCUGUUUCCAUCAGGCCUGUCAUGACGUUUAUUGUACUUUACUCACAUGAAAAGGUUGGAUGGAAACCUGGUUAGAGACAUGGUUGUUGAAUUCGUUCAUUUGGCGAAUGUGAGUUCCUAGGCGAAUGUUAUCAUUAUAAUUAAACUCUUUAUGACAAUACAUUACAUAUCUCAUAAGGCCUUAUUUUGAGGCCUAGCUUUACCCAAAUACAGUGGCCUGAAACUGAUGGUUUACAGGCCACAUCAGGCCUGCAAGUGCAGUUGCAAAAUUCUGGUAACUUUCCCAAAAUUCCCAGAUUUUCAAAAAAUCCUGGUUGAAGGAUUUCCAGGAAUCUUCCAACCGGGAUUACUAGAAAACCUGGGAAAUGUAACAUACUUUUGCUACCCUACCUACAAGUCAUAUUAUGCUGGUUUGCAAAGUGAUGUGUGAUUCCUAUUUGAAUCCAGCCAUAGUUAGGAAAUCCAACAUACCUUUUUAUUCACCUGCAACCUGCAUUCAUAAUGACUGCCAGGAUUAGGAACAGUGUGAGGAGACUACCUAAGCAUUUAAACUGGAGCAACCAUUUCAGUAACAGGUGCAAAAAAUCUAACUCAAUUAUUGGAUUAGUUUAGAAAAAUUAUAGUUAUUUAUCGCUGUGUAGCAUAAGAUCAAUCAAUCAAUCACUCAAUGUAACUUUCGGUUUUGAACCCCAGCUUCAAACAGCUGAAAAUACAAUAUUUUUGGUUAUGGAAAUUAUAUUUCACAGUGGUUUAGAUGGUACAAUGAUUCUCUACACUAACUUUCUUGUUUUGUCACAUAAACUGAAAUUAGGCAAACUAUUACAAUUUCUGCAACCAGGAAAUGGCAGAGCGAUUUCUGCAUAGUGCUUCUUUAAUAACAUUUAGUUGAUGUGACUUCUCAUUUAGUUUUGAGUCAGUACCACAAACGUUUUAAGUAAUAAUGACUUUUCAUUGACUUUGAGUUCAACGUACUAGAAGUAUUUGAGUUAAAAAUGCCUUGGGCUUUACAGUGUAGGCAGCCUACUCUAUUUAAUUGAGACCACACAUAUAGGCGCGCUUGAUCUCGCACGCCCAACUAGGAGAGGAGAGGUAGGCUACUGAACUUGAAGCAGCGAAUGCUGAGAGUUUGUGAAUAAUACGACAGAGGUGUUUUUAACACAAUAUUUCUGACAGCCUGCUCCCACCCGCAGCAUAAAAAAUGCAGACCGCGCCGCAAUGAUCUCUGUAACGGCCCGCAGGUCCUGUGCGCAUCCCGCGGGAAUGCUUGGAAUGUAUUGCACACCUUCAGGCUAUGGAAUGUGUCUUGGCCACAUAGACAAGUUAGGACAUUUAAAGAAAUACACUGUAAAAAACGUAACUUGUUCUUAAAGUAACUUACUGGCAGCCAGUUACCUGUAAGUUACUGUAAAAAAGGUACUGUAUGUUACCGUAAAUACCAAAGAAACUUUGGUUUAACAGUACAUUACUGUAAAGUUUACAGUUUAACAGUACAUUACUGUAAACUUACUGUUAAACCAACGUUUCUUUGGUACCUUUUGUACCUUUCUACCUUUUUUAAACUGCAAUUUACAGGUAACUGGCAUCCAAUAAGUUACUUAAAAACAACAGGAUUUUUUUGUGUGUGUUGUAAGCACACAGGUAAAUAGACAGCAAUAGCCCAAUAAAAUGUAUAAUUUACUAUUUCAUGAUGCAUUUUACACUGUUGUUAAUGCUGGCUUGAUACAGUUGUUUGACACGUCAGCCUUUAAAGUUGAACUGAAAAUAUUUUGCAGAAGUUUAGCAUGGGUGACAUUCUCUGUGAUCACAUUUUGGUUUCCACUCAAUGCACAAAAAUGUAUGACUUUUUCAGCAGACUGGUCUUUCCUUAGCCUCUCAUGUUGAAAGUGUAUUGAAAGUGAAAGCUACCAACAUCAUGUUUCUUUUGUAUUGGUUCCCAUGCAGUUUGUCAAGUGUGGCUUCGCUGGCUCCAACUUCCCCGAGCACAUCUUCCCUGCGUUGGUGGGUCGGCCCGUCAUUCGGUCAAACACCAAGGUCGGAAACAUCGAGAUUAAGGUGAGGUUAAUUAAGGAGAGAGAGUUGACUUCCAGCCUAAAGACAAACACUGACUCUUACGUGUCAAGGGAAAAGUUAUUCUCCAAACAUGAAUGCUCCUCAGCUGUGCAUAUUCUCCUUUGAUUGUGCAUGAUUGUCAUGUAAGCAAUCAAGACUGUAAACUCCCUCUCUGACAAUCACAAUAUAGAGGUAAUAUCUCGAAGUGCCAUGUCUGUAGCCUCAGUAUAAUUCUGAAUAAUCAAAUACAUCUAAAGCAACUCCCCUGGUGACCCCCCAAACCUGAACCUAGGACUUGAUGGUGGGUGACGAGGCCAGUGAGUGUCGCUCCAUGCUGGAGGUGUCUUACCCCAUGGACAACGGCAUAGUGCGCUCCUGGGAAGACAUGCUUCACUUGUGGGACUACACCUUUGGCCCUGGGCGCCUCAAUAUCAGUCCCCCAGACUGCAAGGUCAGUUAUUGUAUUUUAAAUGUUUUAAUUUUUAUUUAACCUUUUUAUACAGGUUAGUUUAAUUUAGGUAAAAUAAAAAUUAAUUGCAAGAGAGACCUAGGUAUGAAGUGCAUUUAGUCUGUUAAACUUCCAAUUAAGUUUUAGACAUUCCAUAAAACGUUAGGAUUGCAUCUUUAAAUUAAAAAACUGUUUUUACAUUCCUCUGCCCUCUGUGUAUGUUGUGAUGUUGUGUGGGGAUCAAUAAAGUUGAAUUCGAUUCAAGGUGCUGCUGACGGAACCGCCCAUGAACCCCACUAAGAACCGGGAGAAGAUUGCUGAGGUCAUGUUCGAGACCUACCAGUUCCACGGCAUCUAUGUGGCCAUCCAGGCCGUGCUCACACUCUAUGCCCAGGGUAAGGGGAGACUAGACCCAAAGACAUGGCUCUCCCUGUAAUAUAUAAUAACAUACUAUAGUGUAAUGCUUAGACUUUAGCUCCACAGGAAAACACAUUCUUGUGGGGGUGCAGGUUCGAACCCAGUCGGUCACCAUCAUACCGUCUGUUAUGUGACCCUGUGUGUCCUGCCCUGUCCUGUCUCCAGGGUUGCUAACGGGUGUGGUUGUGGAUUCGGGUGAUGGUGUGACCCACAUCUGUCCCGUGUACGAGGGCUUCUCUCUCCCCCAUCUCACACGCAGGCUGGACAUCGCAGGACGUGACAUCACACGCUACCUCAUCAAGGUGUGUACAAGGGCUGCGUCUCAAAUGGCACCCUAUUCUCUCUGCAGCACACUACUUAGGGUGACAUCUGGGAUGCAUCCAAGGAAACCUUAGUGGAUACGGCAAUAUUUAUGAUGUCCCUCAUCUAAAUCAUCAUUAAAAAAAAAACUUUUUAUUUCUUUUUCAUGUAUUCCUAUUUUUUUUUUUUUUCUAUUUCCUUCGUUUAAAAAAUUUUUAUAUAUUUGUAUCUUUUUGUUUUGUCAAAAAAAAAAAAUGUAUUUUUUUGCAAAUGGAUAGCCUAUAGGACUAUUUUGUAAUGAAAAGUACUUUCUGGGGAUGAAUAUAAAAGACUCCUUUAAAAUUUUUCACCUCUGAUCCAUCUCUCAGCUGCUGUUGCUGCGCGGCUAUGUCUUCAACCACUCGGCUGACUUUGAGACCGUUCGCAUGAUGAAGGAGGAACUAUGCUACGUGGGAUACAACAUAGAACAGGAGCAGAAACUGGCCACAGAGACCACCGUGCUAGUGGAGUCAUACAUGGUACUAAAGCUAACCCUAUCCACACAUGUCAAUUAGAGAGAAUGGUUAUGAAUGUGAUCAAUGCUCUUUUAGCUUGGGAAGCAAUCUGUUUCUCUGUUAACAAACGGACUGCGGCAAGGCGACAAUGUAGCAAUGUUGCAAAACUCCGAAACAAUCUGACACCCAGGAUAACCUUAUAUGAAUCUCUCUAGCCCAUGCCCAUAGCUACUGUAAAUCUAUCACGACAUAAAAUACUUCAGAAAAUAAAGAGGUAUGAAUUUGUAAUUAUUCACUAACUCUCUCUCUCUGUUCUAGCUCCCUGAUGGUCGUCAGGUGAUGGUGGGAGGGGAGCGGUUCGGUGCCCCUGAGGCCCUCUUCCAGCCCCACCUCAUCAACGUAGAGGGAGCCGGCGUGGCUGAGCUGCUGUUCAACACCAUCCAAGCUGCUGACAUAGAUCUCAGGUCAGAGAUGCACCACCCUGCUGCUGGUCUCCACAUGGUUUAAUGGCUGGACAUAAAGCUUCUAGCUAGCCUUGUCCCAUACUGUAUGAGUUGUAGCAAACUUUUCUAUUGUUUGUUUUAAUGCCAUACAAGAAUGGGAAGAGGCUAUAGCAUCAGGUCAGCUAUACAAUACAGUACACUGUGGGCCCAUGCUAAAGUUAGAGAUCUGCACAAUAAUUGUUACAUAGUUGUAAUAUAUUUAAGCAAUAAGGCACGAGGGGGUGUGGUAUAUGACCAAUAUACCACGGCUAAGGGAUGUUAUUAUGCACGACGGAACACAGAGUGUCUGGAUACAGCCCUUAGCCGUGGUAUAUUGGCCAUAUACCACAAACCCAGAGGUGCCUUAUUGCUAUUAUAAACUGGUUACCAACGUAAUUAGAGCAGUAAAAAUAAAUGUUUUGUCAUACCCAUGGUAUACGGUCUGAUAUACCACGGUUGUCAGCCAAUCAGCAUUCGGGGCUUGAACGGCCCAGUUUAUAAAUGUGUAUAUUACACAUUUUUACCCACAUUAUAUAUUGUCGUUACAUACAUGCGUAAGUGUAGGUUAUUGUAGUUGUUUGGUAGCUGUAUUAAAUAUAUGAAGCCAUAAUAUUAUACUAUAGCUAGAUGACCUCAAUCUCCCUCACCCACCCAUUAAAUUAAUAAGAACUGUAUGCAUACAUUAUGGUUUAUGUCUGAUUCUAUGUUGUAUGUGCCUCUCCCUCCGGAAGGUCUGACUUCUACAAGCACAUUGUGCUGUCAGGGGGCACCACCAUGUACCCCUGGCCUUCCCUCCAGACUGGAGAGAGAGAUCAAACAGCUGUACCUGGAGAGGGUGCUGCAGGGGGACACUGAGAAGCUCUCUGUAAGCACACACAAAUGCGUGGAAGCACACAGACACAUAGACAUGCACGGACGCUUACACACAAAUAUGUACGCACACCUGUGUAAAUGUUCUGUUCCUUCAUUUUAGUUUACCAUAUGUUUUUCGACCCACUCCUUUUCCCCGUUCCCUCCCUCUGUACAGAAGUUUAAGAUCCGCAUUGAGGACCCUCCACGGCGUAAACACAUGGUGUUCAUGGGUGGAGCAGUGCUGGCCAACAUUAUGAAGGACAAGGAGUCCUUCUGGCUGAGCCGGGCUGAGUACCUGGAGAAAGGCCUAAAGGUUCUGGACAAACUGGGAGGCGGCGUGAGAUAAAGGUGAAAUAGUGGUUAGCUAGGGUCUCUCUCACACACACACACAAGGUCUGGGGGUGCUGGACAAACUGGGGCGCGGCAAUAGAUGGAAGUCCUCGGUCGUAUUGACUUGGCACAAACGGAAGAAAACGUUGUGCUCUAAUGAAUAUGACAGUGGAUAAAAUGGGGGCCGUGGUCAGCUAGACAAAACAAAGACUAUAUGAUGGGACUACUGGGUUUAAAACUGUGAUGCUGUAAUAGAGAAAAUAUAAUGCCUUCCUGGAUGCAUAGGGGCCAGCCAUUGCCUGUCUGAUUAGAAAUCUCUGUUAUAAGAAGCAUGAAAUAGAAUAGCAUUUUCCUCUUCGUAACAGUCAACUUUCCAAGUUGUUUUCAGUGUCAAAUGGACAUAUUGUAUUGCAUACAAUACAACAAUUAUACAGUUACACAAUAGAAUAGUACAAUUGUAAUGUUUCAUAUUUUUACCAUUUUAAUUCACACUGUGUCAAAUGGAACCCUUUUGAGGAAGUUCGUCAUGCCAUUGUUUCAAAUGCAUAUGAAAAUAAAUACAACAGACUAAAUGCCAAAUUGAAUAAAGUGAAUGUCAUCGUCUUUGAUGACUGAAUAGCCCUUUUGUACUGGACGAUAUCUUUGUGUCUUUAAAGUCAUCAAUCAUUUAUGUAAACACAUUUGG